AUGGCUAGAUUGGUUCGAAGACUAUGUCCAUCUGCUAGUCAUCGUGAGACUCCUCUAAUAUCAACGACAAUCUCAUCAAAAUGUGCUGCAUGUUACGAAGAUCACCAUGACAAUACGCAAGGCUACAAGUGUAGUGUCUGCGAGUUGUGUCUCCACGAGGAAUGCCUUGACACCAACAUCCCUUCUCGUCAUACACACCCUCUCCAGCUCAACGAUAUGUAUUUAUCAAAGACAUGUUCUCUUUGCCACACCAGUCCUGAUACAAUAGUUUAUGAAUGUUCACAAUGUUCUUUUUGUAUUUGUAUCCCUUGUGCGAGAAAACCUCUUGUCAUCAGCAAAAGUAAAGCCCAUGACCAUGAACUCCACCAAUUACCGAUACAAGUCUCCUUCACUUGUUAUUCAUGUGGGUUGUGUAUUCAAGAAUACCCGUGUUUUUGUCUUCAGUGUCGUUUUAUAAUCCAUAGAGUAUGCAUCUCCUUACCACGUGUUAUACGCAUCAACAGACACGACCAUCGUAUCUCUCGUGUUUCUUCUCUUGGCCCUGGCAAGUGGAUUUGCGGGGUAUGUUAUGAGCAUGUUAAUGGAGAGUAUGGUGCAUAUUCUUGCUUGGAUUGUUCUUAUGUUGCUCAUUCCAAAUGUGCAACAUCUAUUUAUAGUUGGGAUGGGAAAGAACUUGAUGGGGUACCCGAAGAAGAUGAAGAUGAAAGAAAACCAUUUGAAGUUAGAGAUCACAACCAAAUCAAACAUUUUAGCCAUGAACACAAUCUCAAGGCUUCAUUAUCAUCAUCAAGACUCGAGGAACCUAGAGAACAUUGCUAUGCAUGCACCAUUCCUCUGUAUUCUGAAUUGUGCUAUAGAUGCACACAAUGUGAUUUUAUUCUUCACGAUGCAUGCGCAAAUCUCCCUAUGAAGAAAAGACAUGAGUUUAGCUCACGAAAACUUAAGUUGUGUCACGAAUGGCGGGACGGCAUACAAUAUUUUAGUUGUGGGGCGUGUAGGCGCUUUUGCACUGGUUUCUCAUAUAUGGAUGAGUACUCUCUAUUCAAGAUUGAUGUGCGAUGUGCUUUGAUUUCUGGUGCAAUUAAACAUGAAAGUCAUCCACAUUUGUUAGUUAUAAUUCAGGACAUGGACACUAAGAGGUGUGAUAGUUGUGACUCGAUAUGUUGGAUUUUUCUACGUUGUAGCGAUAUAGAUAAUUGUGGUGGCUACAAUUUAUGCUUCAGAUGUGCUACUUUACCCACAUUGUUAAGACACAAAUACGAUGAUCAUCCUCUUUCCUUAUGCUACGGUGAGAAAAAUGUGAAUGCGAUAUAUUGUUGCGGGAUAUGCGAAGAAGAACUAUAUCCAAAAAAUUGGUUUUACAAAUGCGAUCAGUGUGGCUCAACUCUUCAUACUAAAUGUGUAUUUAAUCAUCUAAUACACUCAAGACCUGGAUGUAGUUUAAAGAUGGGUUACUGGGACUCAUUUUAUUUGCUUCCCAACCAUCAUCUCUCUCGGCCUAUUUGCUACUUAUGUAAAACUCGUUGUAUGGGUGAUUUUGUUCUAAACGAUAAGGCGGAUACAAAUACAUUCAUAUGUUGUUCUUAUGAAUACGUAUACCAAGACAGAUCAUCUAGUGGAGUCACCUCAUCUCAUGACAAAGAACUCUUGGAGGAAGUCCGUAACGCCAUGACUCCUUUCGGACAUCAAAAUGGAGCACUAAAAGUUGGCAUAAUGAGCAAAAAAUCUCCCACCGAUACUGAUGAUGUGCGUCUCUACACUGGUUACAAUCCUGCUAACGGUUCAGCAAGUCCCAUAAGAGUCCAUCUACCUCAUUUACCAAAAGGUUCUAUGAUCCAAAACAUUGCGAUAUCCUCUUAUCCUAACCUAGACAAUGAAGACUUUGUAGUGGCUAUCAAGCUUUCUGGCUCUCAAGUUAAGCUUUAUAGGACUGCCGCCUUUCCUGGCGUAUCUAGGUGGAUCAAUGUCAAAGCCAUGCCCCAGGCUAUAAACACUCUUUCGAGUCUCAUGUAUUCUAAGAAAGAUCAAAGGUUCUACGUUCCAACUACUGGAUCUGAGUUCUUGUACUCCUUGGGUCCCAAAUCCAAGGAUAAGGAACAUCCCAAGUUCAUUAGCUUGUGGACUGAAGAUUUUCCUAAGCAGUUGAAACAGGACGAUUUGGACGAAUUAAAUUCGUUUCGUAAGACAGUACACUAG